AUGAGCGGCGAACGACGCAACCCCUGGAGCGGACGCUCGUCGCCAUGCAGGCGCUCUCCGACUCCUCCACCUUUGUGCAGAGCCUACUGGGACGAACCCGGCACGCCUACCGGCGGUCACAGGCCGCGCGCGAGACCGCAGCGCAGCGGAGAAAAUCUGUACGCGCAGUCUUCACCACGCAGAUCCGCGGCACCUUCGAGACGGCCCACGCUGAGCCCGAACGCAGGCGGAAGGAGGUACAGGCCUUUGGGAGAAGGCGGAGCAGAGCACUGGACCCUGCACAAGGAUACCGACCACUCUUCGCACAUGAACCUUACGAAGCUCCCCCACAAGCUCACGCCGACGAACUACGUAUCGUGGAUGACGACGAUGGAAUCAACGCUCGACACUAUCGAACUCUUCGAGUACGCUACCGGAGAAGUUCCCGAGCCCGAUCCGGAUGUCGACGAGGCGCGUGCGCGACGCUGGAAGCACGCGAAUGCCUGCGUCCGACUCAUACUCGCGUCGAAUAUGACCGAGGAAGUCGUGUCGCAGAUCAGCCACCUCACGGUCGCGGCACAGGUCUGGCAAGAAUACUACACAUCUUCUGAGAUCGAACGACGUCUGAAGGAAGAAUAUGCCAUACGACAGAACCAGCAAUCGACAGCGCGAGCAUACAAUGCCAAGCAGCAGUCCGGCAAGCGAUCGAAGAAGGAAUAUAAACCAGGCGACCCCUUCUGCAAGAAUUGCGAACGGCCCGGUCACUACAUCAAGGACUGCUGGUCGAAAGGGGGUGGAGCUGAGGGGAAGGGACCACGUAGUAAGAAGAAGGAGAAGAAGGAUUCAGAGAAACAGGAUGUGAAGGGGAAGGAGCGAGUGAACGAGGUGAAAGAAGACUCUGACCAUCUCUCAUGCAUGGCGGCACCCGGCUCAUCCUCCCGAUUCACCUGGAUUCUCGACGGCGGAUCUACCACUCACAUCUGCAGAACGAAAUCGGCCUUCGUUACAUUCACGCCUUCGAGCGAGACAAUCGGCGGCAUUUGGAAGACAGGACCUCAACUUGAGGUGCACGGGAGAGGUGAUAUCCUCAUCCUAUGCCACGUUCAUAGCGGAGACCAGCACAUCGUCACGCUACGAAAUGUAUGCUACUGCCCGGACGCACGUGACAAUAUUAUCUCGGAGAGCCGUAUGGAUCAGAAGGGACUAUCGAUCCACAAGCAGAAUGGCCUGGUAGCUGUCCAGAACUCAAAUGGGAAGGUUAUCAUGGAAGGUGCGCGACGACGUGACUUAUAUGAACUCGACUGCGCAAUCGCCCCUCCAUCCUCCCAUCCCUCUGAGAUCUCAUUCGCCGCCCAACUCUCUCCAUCUGAUAGCGAGCUUUGGCACCGCCGGCUUGCUCAUAUCGGACAGGGCAGUCUCCAAUACAUGGUAAAGCACGCCCUUGUCACAGGACUCGAUCUGAAAUCCGUAGAGACACUUGGCCCAUGCGACGGCUGCGCGAAGGGGAAGCAUCACCAAGCACCCUUUCCGAAGCAAGCCACCAAUCGUGCUACAAGCAUUCUCCAUCGCCUCCACAUGGAUCUUCAAGGACCAUUUGACCUAUCCAUCACCGGCUAUCGCUACACACUCGCUGUCGUUGACGACUACAGCCGCAAGGGAUGGAAGGCUUUCCUGAAGGCCAAAAACGAUGCAACUUCAGAGAUCAAGGAUUUGGUCACACGCCUCGAGACAUUCUCUGACAAGAGAGUCAAGAUCGUUCGAUCCGAUGGUGGUGGCGAAUUUAUAGGCAACGACCUCCAGACAUAUUUCAAAUCGAAGGGGAUCAAACACGAGACUUCCGCUCCACACACUCCACCACAGAAUGGCGUAGCCGAGCGCUAUAACCAGACGACACAUGAGCACGCCCUCUGCAUGUUGCAAGAAGCUAACAUGAGCUCGGGUUUUUGGCCUGAAGCCCAUGCAUAUGCAUCGCUUGUCCGCAAUCGAAGUCCUACAAGAGCCCUGGUUGAAUCCACGCCCAACGAGAAAUUCUAUGGCCAGAAACCAGAUGUCUCAACCCUUCGCAUUUUCGGAGCACGCUGCCAUGUUCGCGUUCCACCCGAAUCCCAAAAGAAGCUCGAUGCACACUCGCUUGAUGGCAUUUUCUGCGGUUUUGCACCUAAUCAGAAGGCAUACAAGAUCUGGAUCCCUUCGAGGCACAAGUUUAUGGUAUCUCGAGAUGUUAUUGUCUACGAGAAUGUCCCAGCAAUGCCCGAUGAUGAUGACCAAAACCCUGCUUUGAGCGAGGGGAGAAAUUUCCGCGACAUCACCACCACAUCCUCCAACUCCUCAGGCUUCGGCAUCACCAGCUUCAGCGCCAAUCCCUACACCGCCCGAAAAUCAGCCAUCCACUGCAUCAGCACCCACUCCCGCCAGUACUUCCGCACCAGCACCAAUGCCCGCGCCAGCUCCCGCACAUCUCCGACGUUCAGAACGUGUCACGCGCCCAUCUUGGAUCAAGCAAGCUGCCGAGAAACAGCAGGCAUAAGAACAGGCGACAAAGACACACAACAAGGCGAUCAAGGAAGCACGCACACUGCGGAGACAAAUGAAGUCCCAACGACACCCGAAGGUGAUGUCACGCAAGUCGCCUAUAUGGCGGCAUUUGGCACGGACACACCAAUGAAUUUCCGUGAGGCGACGAAGUGCUCGGAGGCCGAUAACUGGUGGACAGCAAUGCACGAAGAGAUCGACAUGCUGCAGAGGCGUGGUACAUGGGUACUCGAGGACUUGCCACCUGGCCGGAAAGCCAUCGGCAACCGCUGGACAUAUGUUAUCAAGCGUGGCCCACAAGGCGAGAUCCUACGAUACAAAGCCCGACUUGUUGCACAGGGAUUUUCACAGAUUCCCGGCAUAGACUUCAAUGACACAUUUUCCCCCACUGUUCGACUCGAAUCUCUUCGGGCGAUCUUACAUCUCACCGCCGCACAUGGAUGGCAUCGUGGACAGGACGACGUGACUGGCGCAUUCUUGCACAGCAAGGUUGACGUUAUCAUUUAUAUGCAGCAGCCUGUCGGAUUUGACGACGGUACUGGACGUGUUUGUCGCUUACUGCUCAGCUUGUAUGGUCUUAGGCAGUCAUCCCACCUCUGGAACGAGUACAUGGAUGGCCAACUGUCAACAAUCUCAUUCCAUCGACUGAUCUGCGAUAGUGCCAUCUAUGUUCGUCGUACAGAAACCGGUGCGAAUUCCAUCCUGGCGAUCCAUGUUGACAAUACCCUCAGCUUCUCAGACUCAGCAGAGGAGUUCGCUUCUGUCCGAAAGCAGCUUCACAGUAUCUUUGAGAUGAAGGAGGAGGAUCCCAACUGGUUGAUGGGUUUCGAACUCAUUGACAAUCCCCAGGAACAUACUGUCUCCAUCUCGCACCGCCAGUACAUCUCCACCAUUCUCAGACGCUUCAAAAUGGAGGAUUGCGUUCCUGUACCAACCCCCAUGGAGUCCAGUCUGCACCUCUCAGUUCACGAUGCACCGUCGACACCGGAGGAGAUCGCAGAGAUGAAGAAACGGCCGUAUCGCGAACUUGUUGGCGCCCUGACCUGGAUCUCGGUCAUCUCGCGCCCUGACGUAUCGUUUGUCAGCGCACACCUCGCGCAGUUCAACGCCAAUCCUGGCAAGAGGCAUUGGGAAGCCGUGAAAUGA